UUGGUGAGGUCCGGAGCUCCAUGACCGCCAUUCUAGUCUGUUCUCCACUUCGGGUGUUGGAGACGGAGUCAUCGAGAGAAGAUGCGGCGGCGGCGACGACAAGCCAUGGAGUUCCUGAUGAUGCAGCCUAUACAUCUACUUUUCUGGAGGAGGUAGGCGAGAGUAUAGUGCUGCCUCCUGUGGCAGAACAUGGUGCGGUGCAGCGGGCACUGGCACAUGGGAUGGAAAGGCGGCGAAGCAGCUAGUGCUAGGGGCGGGUGUGGUGGAUCAGUCAGCGGCGGUGGGGGAUUUCAUGGUGGCAGAGCAAGAUGAGGGGGAGCAGCGCAGACGCUCAAAUCUGGGCGGCUGGCGCAGCGGCGGCAGACAGGAGAGAGAGCUCGCCCGCGGCUUCAGAGCUGUCAACUGGGAAGAUGAACCCCCGGGCUCUUGGAUGGAACAAAAGGCUACGUAUUGGAGCUGCAGCACCUAGCAGAGCACCUUGCCCAAACAACGUUAGUGCAUUUGAGAAGGCUGUCGGGAGUUUGGCUGAGAACCCAGAUGAGAGUGUGAUUACCCCAGUUAUUGGCACUACAUUUGACUCAGUGGGUAAGGCGUACAACUUCUACAAUUUGUACUUGUGGGAGAAAGGCAGCCGACUGAAUGUCAAGAGGACAAAAUGCAUGCCAUAAAUAGUGUGUGGGUGCUCG